AGCAACAGACAGUGGUGCUGCUUCCCAGAUCCCCCUCUGCCUCUAAAACCUACUUCCCCAUCCCAGUCGACUGCCUGGAGGACGAGACCAGGAUACGAUCCGCUGACGACGGCAAACUCUUCAGAGAGGAGUUCAAUUCAUUGCCGUCUGGAUAUACCCAGGGGACAUGCCAGGAGGCCAACAAAGAAGACAACAGAGAAAAGAACAGAUAUCCCAACAUCCUUCCAUAUGACCAUUCCAGGGUGGUGUUAACACAGCUAGAAGGAAACCUCUGUUCAGACUACAUCAACGCUUCCUAUAUCCAUGGCUACACGGACAAUAACAAAUUUAUCGCAGCACAAGGUCCUAAACAAGACACGGUAGCAGACUUCUGGAGGAUGAUAUGGGAACAGAAGACAGCAACGAUUGUCAUGCUGACCAACCUGAAAGAGAGGAAAGAGGACAAGUGUUACCAGUACUGGCCAGACCAGGGCUGUUGGACCUAUGGUAAUGUCCGGGUUGCUGUGGAAGACUUCACUGUGUUGGUGGACUACACCAUACGGAAGUUCUGCAUACAAUAUCAGGCCAGCGACGGCACCAAGCCCUCCAGGCUGGUCACCCAGCUCCACUUCACCAGCUGGCCUGAUUUUGGGGUGCCCUUUUCCCCCAUCGGCAUGCUCAAGUUCCUCAAGAAAGUCAAGACGGUCAACUCCUCCUUCGCUGGGCCCAUCGUGGUUCACUGCAGUGCUGGUGUGGGAAGGACAGGGACCUUCAUUGUGAUUGACGGCGUGAUUGACAUGAUGCACCGAGAGCAGAAGAUUGACGUCUUUGGUUUUGUGUCCAAGAUAAGAGACCAGCGCUCACAGCUUGUACAGACAGACAUUCAGUACUCGUUCAUCUACCAGGCCCUGUUGGAAUACUACCUCUACGGAGACACAGAACUGGACGUGUCAUCUCUGGAAGGACACCUGCACAAACUCCACAACACCCACGCCCCCUUCGACAGGGUCGGCCUGGAGGAAGAGUUCAAAAAACUGACCAACAUGCGGAUAAUGAAGGAGAACAUGAGGAUGGGAAAUCUCCCUGCCAACAUGAAGAAGAACAGAGUGCUCCAGAUUAUUCCAUAUGACUUCAACAGAGUGAUUAUGUCCAUGAGAAGAGGCCAAGAGUUUACUGACUACAUCAAUGCGUCAUUUAUAGAUGGCUACAGGCAGAAGGACUACUUCAUAGCGACCCAGGGUCCUUUAUCUCACACGGUAGAGGACUACUGGAGAAUGGCGUGGGAGUGGAAGUGUCACUCCAUCGUCAUGCUGACGGAACUACAGGAGAGGGAGCAGGACAAGUGUUUCCAGUACUGGCCCACAGAGGACUCAGUGACCUAUGGAGACUACACGGUAGAGAUGAAGGGAUCCACUGUGUGUGACAGCUUCAGUGUACGGGAUCUGGUACUCACCUACGGCCCAGAUAAGCAGACACGUCUGGUCCGCCACUUCCAUUUUCACGGCUGGCCAGAGAUCGGGAUCCCAGCCGAAGGGAAAGGAAUGAUCGACAUCAUCGCCUCGGUGCAGAGACAGCAACAGCAGUCAGGAAACCAUCCCAUCAUCGUACACUGCAGUGCUGGUGCAGGGCGAACAGGUACGUUCAUUGCACUGAGCAAUAUCCUGGAGCGGGUCAAGGCUGAGGGCCUACUGGACGUCUUCCAGACUGUGAAGAGUUUACGGAUGCAGAGGCCACAUAUGGUCCAGACCGUGGAACAAUACGACUUCUGCUACCGUGUGGUACAAGACUUUGUGGACAUUUUCUCAGACUAUGCCAAUUUUAAAUGAUGAAAUAUUUGCCUUACAAACAUUUUUUUUUGUUGUUCAAAUGUUGUUGUUUUUUUUUAAUACCAGCUGGUCAGGCUUUGUGUUUUGUCCUUAGAAGGAUUAAAUGUUUCUCUAUUUUGCUAUGCACUUGUCCCUACUGUAACUAAAAACUCCAUCCCUCGCUGUAAUAUACUGUACGUCAACGGACGAAGAUUUGUAAAUGCCAAAAUGUAAGAUUAAUAAUGUAUAUUUCACAUCAUGUAUAAUAAUUAUUUUGUAAUGAAAUUCAAGUGUUUUUUUUUUUUUUAAAACUUUAUGUCUCUUUAUUCACAUGUUUUAGUUGUUGUAUGAUACUGUACUUUUGUUAAACAUCUUGUUUAUUCAGACUGAGCGUUUAUUUUGGCUUCUGACCGUCCUUUGUUCCCUUUUGAAAAGAGGCGCUAUUGUAACUGUUUUACGUAUCGAUACCUUCCAUUUGAUUGCAUUCUAAGAACGUUAUGUGAAUAUUAAUUAGUACGAUAUUCUGACAUGUAUUGACGCCUUCUAUCUGUGACUAGAGGUGAUAUCUCAUCUAUCUUUUAUUUAAUUGGAAAUAACCCUUUUAUUUAAAAAAAAUAUAUAUAUAUAUAUAUUAAGGUCUUUACAAUGCAAGUUUUUUCAGGCACAAUAUCAAGAACACACAAAAAAAAUUAUGCAAAGUAUUGAAUAUCAAGUUACGCCAUUAUUAUUAUUAUUAUUAUUAUUAUUAUUAUUGUCAAGGAUAAUAGUUUAAAACAACAUAUUAAGGAAUUGUAAGAAUUAGUUUCCUGAUGGAAGUAGUAGCCUACUUCAGUACAGAAAAUCAACAUGCAACUCCACAUAUAAUAACAAGGUACCAGUAGUACUACUAAUCAGUACUACUAAUCAGUAGUACUAAUCAGUAGUACUAAUCAGUAGUACUAAUCAGUAGUACUAAUCCGUAGUACUAAUCAAAUCCGUAGUACUAAUCAGUAGUACUAAUCAGUAGUACUAAUCAGUAGUACUAAUCAGUAGUACUAAUCAAAUCCGUAGUACUAAUACAAACAUACUGCAGUUUUGUUGUUAUCCACGGCACAUAUUCUGAAGCACAUGUACAUCACCCAGAAUACCACCAAGGAACAGCACAGAUACAUUCUGUCAAAUAUGUUAAAUCUGAAAAGUUACAGUCAUCAUUUGUAUAUUCAUUUUGUAUUGCAGUUUGGAUACAUUUGGUUUUUUUGUUAAAUGUCCUGAACUGUC